ACGGCAGACCGCGACUUUCCGAGGGUUCGGGUGCCUUCACUCUGCACAGCUCCGCCUCCCCGGAAGAGGCGAUGUAGAUGUCUUUCGUUACCCGGAAGAGGACGUGACGCACAGUGCGUCGGUGACCUGCGGGGGUGGGGUGUGCCGCUUGCACCUCAGGAAGCCAUGGAGGCUCGGGAGCCGCUGCUGGUCCUGCGCGGAGCGCUACGGGCGGUGCUGGCACGGGUCCGAGAGGGCGAACCUGCCGAGGGCCGUGAGCCGUUCGAGUUGCCGCUCUUCUGGGACGCGCUAGGUCAGACAUUCAAAGUAACAUCACAGGAAGCUACAAAGCUGAGUCUGGCAUUCUCAAGGCCUCCACUGAUUUCUGCUGAGGAUUGCCAGAAGCUGAGUGAAGAUGUCCAAAAUGCCAUUCUUGCAGUUGCCACAGUGUACUACUGGCUCCCCAAAGGCCAAGGUACUACUCUUCGGAAGAUGGUACGAGAUGCUACCACUGAAGUAGUGCAAGGAAUGAUCCAACUCACAGAAACAAUUCUCAGUGCUCCAUUGGAGAGCUUGUCUCAGGAACAGCUUGUAUCAACUGGUGGUGUGUGGGAGGCAUGUGAACAAGUGUCUGGUCUUCCACGAGAUAACCAGGCAGCAGUUGUGUCAACUCUGGCUGCAUGUCUAGGUGUGGUCAAAGAUGCUCUGGAGGAGAUGGAACAUGCACUGGUGGAAGGGCAAGACCCAUACAGUGACAUCAUGGAAGAUGAAGAGUUGGGCUUUCGAGGUAACAGAGAUACAUAUUGGUCAGAAGCUGACCGGAAGCUGCUUAGCUCCUGCAUGGGAUUAAUGAAGGCUUCUAAAGCUUGCCUGAAGAGGGUCUUGGGUGUAGUGAAGGCUUAUGGCAAAGCUGAUUCUCCAGACCAGAUUGCUCAGCUGGAUGAUCUUGCAGACAUUGCUAAUGAGAUCAGUCCAAGUGUUGAUGAGCUGGCACUGAGCAUGUAUCCACCUAUGAACCAGCUGGCUGUGCGGCUUAAUGCUGCUAAGUUGGCCUCGGUAUUAAAGAAAGUCUUAGAGAUUACAAGGACAAGCCAUGUAUGUCCACCAUCAGAGGAAGGCUGGGUGCAGUUUCUAACUGGUGCAGUAGAUCACAACAUGAACAGAAUCAAGAACUUCACACAGGGUCAACUUUAGUUCUUCCAUGUGUGUGUGUGUGUUGCUGCCAUUGUUUCUGGCAUGUAUUUUUCUGGUUAAUCUUGGUAUUCUCCAUCUAUUGGGAGAAUGAUAACAGUGUUUUUAGGCGAGAACUUUACUGCCACUUAGUAAAACUUUCCCAGGUAAUUGCUCUUUGCUAUUGCAGAAGGUAUCAUUUUGCUUGGACUCCUGGGAUCCUGAAAUGGUGCAGGGCUGCAUCUUAAUACUGUGAAUAUGCCCCAUUCUUCAGACAUUGCAACUAGUAUGGGUUCAAAGAACAAUAAAAUAUUGCUAGAUUUG